AUGGAAUUUGACAACAUUGAUAUUCCACCUCUGCCAGAGACAUGUACACCUGACAUAGAGUGGUGGGAUGUGGAAUACCUUCCACAGAACCUGCGUGUUUUAGUGGACAAGUUUGGGUUUAUUAAGGCUAAUGUCCCUAAAGAGCAUUCAGUUGUUACGGUAUCAUACGCUGAUAUGAAACUGAAAUACUGUGGGACUGCACAUGUUAUUGAGCAUCCUGUGCGUCUCAACCUGAUUGUAAAGCACGACGACACACUCGUAGCUGUUCCGCUCAUGCUCACUGGGCAAGGCAUAGCCGUGGCCGACCCGUCGGCAAUUGAGCGCCAGGUUCGCGAACAGAUAGCGCAGCGCGAGAAAAAUCAUGAAAUGCGCAACCUCGCGCGUAAGCUUACGCCCGAAGAGCGUCGGGAGAAAAAGCUUCGCAAGAUCAAAAAGAUGCCGCUGGCGAUAUUCAUGUGGCGCUCUUUAAGGUGCCGGAUCUUUCGAACCCGCAGCAUCGUUUUAAGGUCGAUGUCAACGCGCAACAGUAUCAUCUCACGGGUAGGUGUGCUACUUUGUAAAGAUAGUAAUAUCAACAUGGUGGUAGUGGAAGGAGGUAAGAAGGCUAUCAAGCAGUAUUCGAAGCUAAUGAUGCGACGCAUCGACUGGAAUGGGGACCGUGUGGCAGACGAGGAGUCAGAUAGUGAAGAUGAGGACUCGUCGAAGCACGGCAACGGGUGUCUGCUUGUCUGGCAGGGCGUCGUCGCUCGUAAGGCUUUCAACAACUUCUCGUUUUCUGGAGUGUCGGAUGCCCGUCACAGCGCGGAAGGUGAUGGAGGCCAAAAACGUCGCACAUUACUGGGAUCUCGUGGAAAAGUCUGCAGGCACUUCAGCAAUUACGCCUUGAGGGGAGAGGAAUUUGUUCGUUAA